UCAGGGCUGCCCCCGGUCACGUGGUGCGGGCGCAGGGCGGCUUCGUGGCCGCCAUGUUGUGCGGCCCCGGGCCGGGCCGGGCAUGGCGGGGGCCGGCAGCAACUGGCUCUCGGGGGUCAACGUGGUGCUGGUCAUGGCUUACGGCAGCCUGGUCUUCGUGCUGCUGUUCAUCUUUGUGAAACGSCAGAUCAUGCGCUUCGCCAUGAAGUCCCGCCGUGGCCCCCACGUGCCYGUGGGACAGCACGCGCCCAAGGAUUUAAAGGAAGAGAUUGACAUUCGCCUGUCAAGGGUGCAGGACAUCAAAUAUGAGCCACGGCUGCUCGCUGAAGAUGAUGGCCGACUCCUGCAGCUGGAGACACCAGGCUGCUAUAACUACCUGUACAGGAUGAAGGCACUGGAUGCAAUCAGGACAUCAGAAAUCCCAUUUCARGCAGAGGGCCGGUACCCCAAGUCUUUAAUAGGGAAGAAUUUCUGUGCCUACCUGCUGGAACUGCGGAAUUCCAGCACCUCCUUCAAAGGCAUCCGCAAAGCCUUGAUCGACACUUUGCUGGAUGGCUACGAGAGCGCCCGCUAUGGCACUGGGGUCUUUGGGAAAAUGGAGUAUCUGAAGUACCAGGAAGCUCUGAACGAGCUGGCAAACAUGACCAAGGCCCGGGGGGGCAGCAGCCAGCGGCAGCACCAGUCGGCAGCGAAAGACCUCACCCUGUCCCCUGAAGUCUCCAACCCUGCCACCAUCCAGGUCACCUACCUGCCUUCCAGCCAGAAGAGCAAACGUGCCAAACACUUCCUGGAGCUGAAGAGUUUCAAGGACAACUACAACACACUGGAGAGCACCCUGUGAGCGUGKUGGAGCCUGGUGCAGUGCGUUUGCUGGGCAUGUCUGGGCCGCAGUGCAGGCAGCAGUGAGAGCCACCAACUGUGCUCUCAGAUCUCACCCUCACACCACGUUGGAGGUCAACACUCAGUGGAGACUCCAUUCCAACUGCUGGGGCUUGGCCCCCACCAGGUGCUCAUUCCAGAGCUGUGUACCUGCCUGCUGAGCCUGUGGGGAUCAGCCCCACAGCCUUCUCUGCCACAGGCUGGUGACACUCCAGGCUUUGUGUCCUGCACCGUCUUGGACCUUGUGAAUAAACUGAUGAGCUUGACCUUAUUUAUAAAGACAUGGAUCCCAGCCAGCGCUCCCUUCCACGCACCUUUCCCUGCAGCAGCUGGCGGGGACUGAUGUCUGUCUGUCCUGUCUGUGUGGGUCUUGGGCACUGGAGCCACUUGUCUGUUUUUUUUCCGAAGGGUGAACACUUUUCCCUGUGACCUCAUUGUUCCUGCUCUCAGCCCUUUGUGCCCAGCCUGCCUGUGCACCCGGACGGGGUAGAAAUAGUUUGGUGCCCGUUUUUAGCACCAUGGCUGAGCUACCGCUUUGGGCUGAGGUUUCUACUCGUUCUCCUGCAACCGGGCAUUUGGGGACAUCUCAAGUGGACAAAGCAGUGUCAAAUGUCCCGUCUGUCCUGCCAAGGGGGUGUUUGCUCCCACUCUCACCAGCGCCUCGCAUGCCAGCGUCUGCCGAGCCCCCGGGGCUGAAAGCUCAUGGCCCCCACCUCGAGUCUGCAUUCUGUUGGGCUGAGGGCAGCGCCAGCAGCUCACCCAUCAGUGUGGUGUGGGUGGCACAGAGUGGAGGGCACAGACCUAGCACAGAUCUCGGCACUUUUUAAUUACUGUUUAAUAAAAUGACAGUUCAGCCCGA